UGAAUAAUAAAGUGCUUCUAUGAUUUUGAAUAUUUUUCUUAGAAUAUUGCACAAUACAGGUGUGACGGGUGUCAAGUUACUUUCUGACUUGAAUGAUACUGACUUCUUGGAAGAAAUCCCGUUUUUUCCUUUCGAAACUAACCAAAGCAGCUACGCAGAAAAAAUAGUUUUGGUCUGAAAUUGGGUUUUGGUUUUCAAAAUUACUUUUUCCUUUUAUGUGGUCUGAAACAGUUAAAGCGCGGAUUAGUUUUUGAAUGUUUCAAAGACACAACAACAACAAAGGCGGAGAGGAUUAGCAGCGCGCGGUCCAUCGCUCGGUCCAUCACAGCUCUCCUCGCUGACGCGCAGACAACAUGACGGCGCGUGCGCUGCGUUCUCUGCCUCGCGCCCUGAAACCCGUGUUCAGCAACCGGUGCCCGCAGGUUUUUGCUGUAAGAAAAUGUCACCAGGCAAAACAAUCAACCUACACUACUAUACCUCCACCCGCCAAAUACGGAGGGCGGCACACGGUGACCCUGAUUCCUGGAGACGGGAUCGGACCAGAGCUGUGCGGACACGUUCAGGAGCUUUUCCGGUUCUGCUGUGUGCCGGUGGACUUUGAGGUCGUCAAUGUGGACUCAGCUGUGAUGGGGGAAGAUGAUAUCACCAAUGCCAUAAUGGCCAUCAGACGCAAUGGCGUUGCUUUGAAAGGAAACAUGGAGACCAAUCACAACCUGCCUGCGUCGUACAAGUCCAGGAACAACCUGCUAUGGACCACUCUUGACCUGUAUGCUAACGUGAUUCACUGCCAGUCUCUGCCUGGCGUCAGAACGCGGCACAGUAACGUGGAUAUCAUGAUCAUCAGGGAAAACACAGAGGGAGAAUACAGCAGCCUGGAGCAUGAGAACGUUCCGGGCGUGGUUGAAUGUCUGAAAAUCAUCACCAGGAACAAAUCUUUACGCAUCGCUGAUUAUGCUUUCAAGACGGCCCGAGAAAAAGGACGCAGCCGAGUCACGGCUGUGCACAAAGCCAACAUAAUGAAGUUGGGUGACGGCCUCUUCCUGGAGUGUUGUAAAGAAGUUGCUAGUGGUUACCCGGAAAUCCCGUUCGACAGCAUGAUCGUGGACAACACCACCAUGCAGCUGGUUUCCAGGCCCCAGCAGUUCGAUGUGAUGGUUAUGCCCAACCUGUAUGGCAACGUUGUGAGCAAUGUAUGUGCUGGGCUGGUUGGUGGACCAGGACUGGUGCCAGGGGCCAACUAUGGGACGGACUACGCUGUAUUUGAGACAGGAACCAGGAACACUGGAAAGAGCAUUGCAAAGUGCAACAAAGCGAACCCCACAGCCAUGCUGCUGGCCUCCUGUCUGCUGCUGGAUCACCUGAAGCUUCACGCCUACGCCGAGGUCAUCCGCAGAGCCAUCCUGUCCACUCUAUCUGAGGCCCGGCUUCACACGGCUGACCUGGGAGGCCACAGCUCCACCUCUGACGUGGUUCAGUCCAUCAUGGAUGCUGUUCAGAGGGAGGGACCCCAAACGCUGAACAUGUAGAGCACACAGGAAAAGAGUAGCAUCAAACAUGAGCGUCUCCACACAAGCUUGCAUUCAUUAUGAGUGUUGGAUAAUUUAACCCUUUAAAAAACUAUUAAGAUUCUUUCUAAAACUGAGACUUUGAUGUGAGUGCAGCAGCACAAGUAUGUCAACAGAAGUGGUGUGUGGUUAUAGCAGGUGGGAUUUGCCUACUUAAAGAUCUGGUUCUUUUUUUUUUUUUAAGUUAAUCCAAAAACGGCUCAUUUUAUUUCAAUGAGCCAGAUUCAAGGGCUUUGAUUUCCUCUGGGAAAUUAUCUCUGCAAGGAAUUAUUGUACAAAGAUCAAAGUCAUUUUAACCUAAACUAUCCAUCAAUAUGCCGCGAAGGAGGGUCUAAGGGCAGGGAUGCCAGUGUAGCUCAGUCAGUUUGUUAGUUCAAUUUAGUAUUUUCCUAUUGAACUCUAUGUAUUUAUGAUCCUUUUGAGUUUAUGUUUCACCUUUUCAAUGACCGAUCGAAGCCCAUCGAGAUGACUGCUGUUGUGAAUUUGGGCUUCACAAAUACAAUUGAUUUGAAAUCGAACUGAAUAUGGAAACUAUUGUACUGAGUUUUUUUAAAAUGUGUUGACGAUGGCGUCUAUGUGGACAUGGGACUGCACAAAAGAUCAGCUCUCAUUUCCAUGGUGAUGGACAGACUGACAGAUGAAGUUAGACAGGAAUCUCUGUGGACCAUGAUGUUUGCAGAUGACAUUGUGAUCUGUAGUGAGAGCAUUCAUGUUGUUGAUUUAUAAACUCUAACAGAGAAAGGAGGCAGAGCUUGAGGCAGCAGAGAUGAAGACGUUGAGGUUCUCUUUGGGAUGUUCAGGAUCAGGAAUGAAUCCAUCAGAGGAACAGAUCAUGGUAGAUGUUCUGGAGAUAAACGUAGGGAAGCAGAUAGAAGCACGAUGAGAGGAGGAACAGGGAUGAUGUUGGGAGAAGGACAUUCAGGUUAGACCUGUCAGGGAAGAAGGCUAGAGGAAGACCAAAAAGGGCGUUCGAGGAUGGAGUGAGGAAAAUGCAGAGGAGCGAAAUGAACGCCUGUGAUUGGUUGUGGCGUCCAUAAAGGGAGCAGCUGAAAGGAGCUGCUAAAGAUUAUAGGUGUCUGUGGUUUGGAUUUUAAUCAGGGAUAGAAUCAGAUUAAUAGUUGUUGUGUUCAGUCAUUUUGUUUUCUCUUUAUUUGUGUGGUGGAUGUUUCUGUUUUAGGAGAUAUGCUUGUUUGACUGUUUUGAUGAUAAAAUCUGCUGUUUUCUGGCUGAAGUGAUGCACGUUCUUCUCCUUCUGAGAACUGAACAGUUUUAAACAGUCGAGUCAAUAAAGAGUUCCCUGCUCGGAAGUGUGUUUGUGUCCUGAACCGAGGCUCUGCUGCACUCGUCCUCUUUGAGCCUUUGUAAAUGAUCCUGAUUUAUCACAACCCAAACACAUUUUUAAACUUGCGUUUCAAACAGGUGCAGGUUGUUGAUGGUUCAGACCAUCUCCAUUUGAAACAGAGCUAGAGGAUAAAACCUUAAUGUGCAGAAAUAGUGUUGUUGUCCAUGGUGAGACAGUGUUUGUCUCCAUGUUGCAUGUUCUCCUUAGUGCAUGUGUGAGUUUUCUCCGGCUUCCUCCCACCGUCCAAUCACAUGCCUCAUAGGUUAAUUGGUUAUUCUAAAUUGUCCCUCGGUGUGCAUGUGUGAUUGUGUGAGUGUGCAGCUCUGCAUUUUCUUCUGUGAGCCACAGUGAGGCAUACUUGUCUUGUUUGCACACAACAGGCCAUGUUGUGAAGGGACCCUACAAUAACAGACUUUCUCUGGAGGAGAGCCAGUUGGUACCAAAGAUUGUAGAAAAGCACAACACGCUGAUCAAAACUAAAAGCAACACUGACAUGAGAAACAAAAACAUUUUUACACAGAAUUUCCUAUUUGUGUUUUCUACAAAGACAAUGAAUAUCAAACCUUAGACGUCCAAAGUAUGGCUCAUUUAAAAAGGACACAGGAAACAUGGCAGCAUCAGUAGAUGUGAUGCCUGAUGACAGAAAUUAUUUUACUCUCAAAACUGCACAGAUUUUGUCUUUGGAAUUGCAAUAAAACCAACCAGAGGAACAGAAAUGUUUUUGGAGCUACACCAUACAGUCUAUAGAGACAACAAUCUUCUUUAUUUCGCUAAUGAUUAGAUCUACUCUACCUACACACACACCUACAGAGCUGUUCCAGAUUACUCCUGUCUACAAUGUGGGAUCACAAAAAUGGAUCAACCUGCCAUGUUUUAGAACAUCAGAAGAGCCUGGAGUUUACAGAGACGAUCCAUUCAUUAAAUGUCAGAGACUAUCCUGCUACAGCAGUGAGAGCAAAGCCAUAAAAGGCUUCAGCACACAGAUGAAGAAAGAAAAAGAGCAUUUAGAAGGAAAACCGAUAUGUUCUGCUGCUGGAUUUGUCCUAAUAAGAGCAGCUUGAAGACGGAUGCAGGGGUAGAAUUAACAUUAGGCAAAGGUUGCUUAAAAUAUCUAAAAUUAUUUCCACACCCCUUAUUAUUUAACUCUGUCUUAAAAAAUAUGGCAUCAGACUGUUCAUGUGUUUCAUCCUCCCCCAUCCGUCCGCAGAAAUGGCAUAUUCCGUCAACAGCAAGUUGGCUGACAGAAAAAAAACUAUUUGAAGAAACCUAAAAAAAACACGGGAAGAUGAAGCGGUGAAAAUGAUCCUUAUCAUUUUACUGUUGAUGCAAUAAAAAAAUGAAAACCACCUCAACCAAAACUCUUAACAAUGUAAUUUAAACAAAAACAAAACUAAUGUCCAGGAAGGAAGGAGACAAAACAGGAAAAAGAAGAAUAUAAACAAAGGAACUCAAUAAGAUAAAGAAAGUCAAGAAUGAGAAAAGGAGAGGAAUAGCAAAAAGAGGGACAGAAAAUGGUAAAUUUGAGAAUAUGUAUCAAAAAAUGUCAUUGACGCCACUCCAUAGGUUACUUUUUUAUUCCACCGUUUAAGAUUUUCAUUUUUUUCUUCUUUACUAAAACCUGACAAAAUAAAAUAAAGACAGAAGAUCUUCAUUUGUUCUUACUAGAAACUGAUAACAAACUAGUCUAUUUAAUAAAUUCAACGUUUAUUAGGUAAAAAAAAAUAUAUAAAUACAUUUCUUUAACAUUUAAAUGUGAUUUCAGCCUUUAAAUGCUUAUCAAAACAUACGUAUUCUUGUCAUUGAUGCCAUCUAAAAGUGGACCAGUAUAGACAUUAUCAGACAAACGUUUUAUCCUUUAGGUAAACAAUUGAUUUUUUCAAGCGAUUAGUACAACUGCCACAGAGGGCCCCGUGUUUUUGUUCACCUGAGGCCUCCAAAGUGCUAAGUCUGAAACUGGACGGAUGUACAGCAACAUUUCUGAGAGGGCCUUGUAACCCUUGUGCUGUCCUAGGCACUUUUACAUUGGGAGUUGGGUCAUCUAGACCCACUAGACAGUGCUCUGAACCUUUUUUCUUCAAUGAUUUGUGAUCUUCACUGGUGUCCAUGGAUUACAUGAAAUCUUUCCACCUUUAUCCACUUUUGUCACGAUAGGGAGAACACAUCAAUGUAAGGGUGGGGUCAUCUAAGAUAGCACACGGGUUACAUGAAUUUACUGUCAUAAAAGAUUGACAGUUGUGUAACUUUGUGUUGUCAGAUUGAAGCUCAAGCUUGAAGCACACAUCUUCACAAGGAUGUGUGGUAGGGAAUAAUAUUAUGGGUACAUUUUAAGAUCUGCACAUAAAUUGAGUAUUCAGAUGACUAUUGUUGUAAAUAUUGGGCUGGAUAAAUAAACUGAAAAUGGAAAAUAAUGAGAGGAUCAAGGAAUUUAUUCAAAUAUAUAUUUUUUUUCCCUAAAGGAAGUUUAAAUUUUGUUAAAACUUCUCACUGGUCAAAAAAUGGCUCUAGAGGUUUAACACCAGAGGCGGCCAUUUUGACUCUUCACAUUUAAAUAUGGAUUAACUUUGUUCCUGCGACGGACUGGAGACCUGUUCAGGGUGUUUUGUUCAGGGUGCCCAACGGGUGCCCAACAGGAACCUAGUGACCCUGAAAGGGUUUGAGUGUGUCUGUAUUUCAUUUCAUAAAAAUCUUUUUCAAUCAAAACUACAAAAAAAAGAACUCUGAAUAUUUCUUUUUUGAAUUCCCACGUCUGACAUUUUGUCUAAAUAAAUUAAAUCUAUUUCAACAUCAAGGUUUUUAUUUUGAGUUAUAACAGCCAACCUCCCUGUGCUGUGAGUGUAUCACCGUUUGGAAUAAAGUGUGACUAUGCUUCAA